AUGGUGCCGGGGAAAUACCCUCGCCGCCGAUCCCAGAGGAGCUCCUGCUGGACAUCUUCCGCCGCAUUCCCGACCCAACCGACCUCGUCCUCACCUCCGCCGCCUGCGUCACAUUCCGCCGCCUCAUCGCCGACCGCUCCUUCCUCCGGCAGUACCGCAAGCUCCACGCCCCGCCCCUCCUCGGCUUCGUCGACGAAGACGAAGGCUUGCAGUUGCAUCCCGCCGAGCGGCCUUACCGCUCCGUACCGGCAGCCAGAGCGGUCGCCCGCGCCGGCGACUUCUCCUUCUCCUUCGUCCCCGCCCCCGCACCCCCCUCGCCGCUGGGUUGUCAUGGACAUUUCUGACGGCCGCGUCCUCCUCGGCGGAACCGACACUCAAUUUUUUAGCGGGCGCUUCUACAGAGAGAUGGUGGUGUGUGACCCGUUGCACCGGCAGUACCUCCUGCUUCCCCCAAUCCCUUUCGACCUAAGCCAUUCGGUGAAGUAUUUCGGUGAUAAUUUCUGGGAAACUUUCCUCGUUCCCUGUGGCGAUGAGGCAGCAAUUGAUGAAGAGAGAUCAUUCAGAGUGAUCUGUAUGGUGCAGUGCAAAGUUAGGCUCAUGGCCUUUGUCUUCUCUUCCAGCACUAGACAAUGGCAAGCCAUUCCAACCCCGAGUUGGACCAAUUUGUUUCCUGGCUUGCUACCAUCACAAAGCAUGCCACUCUUCACAAAGCGAGAACGUGUGUUUGGCUGCUUUUACUGGCUGCCAAUGGUAUACAAAUCCAACAUGUUGGUGCUCGAUCCCCGCAGGAUGGAGUUCUUCAUUGCUGAACCCCCGCCCGAAGCCAAAGCUCUAAACGUUAGUAUUGCAACUAUGGUGGAGUCAGGAGAAGGCAGGCCCAGAAUGCUUACCUGGCAGAGUUCCACAUCUGGCCGCGAGUAUACCAUUUGGAGGAAACAUGGUGGGAGCUCCAGCCAAUGGCAGAAGGAGAAGAUAUUCACAAUCUCACCGAGGUACUACUUCACAAGUUCAGUGGGGGAGUACUUGCUCCUGGAACACUGCCGAGAACACUUCGGAAGUGCAUUGCUUGAGUUAAGCUUAUGCACGUUGGACAUUGAAACAAUACAGAUCAAGAGGGUGUGUGCUUUAACAUCGAAUGGCUGCGCAUAUAGCAACUACCCACCAUCGUUGUCGUCACCGACAGUAUGA